UGAAGUAGUUGAAAAGGAACAACGCUCUACAUCUUAAGAAACAUUCCUUAGUGUUGAAAUUGAGACGGAGAGCUUCAUUUUUUUUUUUCUUUUAGUGUAAGUAGAUUCAUAUAGAGGCAUUUCUGUUAAAGUAUACUCGAUAUUAAGCAUCGUGUUUUUACUUGGGUUUAUAGUUGACAGAAAGAAACUAAAAGGUUUAUUCUCAGGGCUGCUUUGCUGGCCUGUCUGGGAUAAUGAAGCAGUUGUUGCUCCUGGACAGCUUUUCAGCACCCUUGGAUUGAAUGUGCCUGCAGCGCUGCAGAGGCCUGCUGUAUGAGAGGGGUUCUGUGCUGGCUUAGCAGACAGUGGGCUCUGUGUGAGGAGGUGACUGCGUGGCAGCAAAGCCUGGCAUAGAGAGAGGAGACAGGAAGAAUUUCUAACUGCAACAAUGGGGUCUUUAUGUGCAGACUGUGAAGAUGGUGCAGAUUAAGAGAAUCUGCUGUAUUGGUGCUGGCUACGUUGGAGGUCCGACCUGCAGCGUCAUUGCUCAAAUGUGCCCUGAAAUCACAGUAACAGUCGUGGAUGUAAACGAGGACCGGAUUAAAGCUUGGAACUCGGACAGCCUUCCCAUCUUUGAGCCUGGUCUUCAGGAAGUGGUGGAGUCCUGCCGCGGCGUUAACCUCUUCUUCUCCACUGACGUUGACGACGCUAUCAAAGAAGCAGACCUAGUGUUUAUUUCAGUAAACACACCAACCAAGACGUUUGGGAUUGGUAAAGGUCGCGCUGCAGACCUGAAAUACAUUGAGGCGUGUGCCCGUAGGAUAGCAGACGUAUCCAGUGGGUGUAAGAUCGUAGUGGAGAAGAGCACCGUGCCUGUCAGAGCAGCUGAGAGUAUCCGGAGGAUAUUCAACGCCAACACUAGAUCCAGUCUCAACUUCCAGGUCCUCUCCAAUCCAGAGUUUUUGGCUGAGGGGACAGCCAUUUCUGACCUGAAGGACCCAGACCGAGUGCUUAUUGGUGGAGAUGAGACCCCAGAGGGUCAAAGGGCGAUUGAGGCUCUCCGCAGCAUCUAUGAGCACUGGGUACCAAAGACUAAAAUCAUCACCACCAACACCUGGUCAUCCGAGCUCUCCAAACUGGCUGCCAAUGCUUUCCUGGCCCAGCGCAUCAGCAGUAUCAACUCCAUUAGUGCCCUCUGUGAAGUGACGGGCGCGGAUGUGGAGGAGGUGGCACAUGCCAUCGGCACCGACAAGAGAAUUGGGAGCAACUUUCUCAAGGCCAGUGUUGGUUUUGGUGGUAGCUGUUUCCAGAAAGAUGUUCUCAACCUUGUAUACCUUUGUGAAGCUCUCAACCUCCCUGAAGUAGCCAGGUACUGGCAGCAGGUGAUCGAGAUCAACGAUUAUCAGCGCCGACGCUUCUCCUCUCGCAUCAUCGGGUGCCUCUUCAACACUGUGACUGACAAGAAGAUUGCUCUGCUCGGGUUUGCCUUCAAAAAGAACACCGGUGACACAAGAGAGUCCUCCAGCAUCUACAUCAGCAAGUACCUGAUGGACGAAGGGGCUCGUCUGCACGUUUAUGAUCCAAAAGUAAAGAAAGAGCAGAUUAUUCAGGAUCUCUCCCAUCCCACCAUCUCUGAAGAUGACCCUGACAGAGUGUCCCGUCUGGUUACCAUUUCCACAGAUCCCUAUGAGGCAUGUGAAAACGCUCAUGCCAUUGUGAUUUGCACAGAGUGGGACAUGUUCAAGGAGCUGGACUAUGAAAGGAUCUGCAAGGCCAUGUUGAAGCCAGCAUUCAUUUUCGAUGGUAGGAGAAUCCUAGACAGCCUUUAUGAUAAGCUGCAGAAUAUGGGCUUCCAGGUGGAGACGAUUGGCAAGCGAAUUAGUCAGAAGAUUCCAUUCACCGUCAACAAUGACAUCGCAAAAGUAGAUCUCCAAGCCCCUCCUACUAAGAAAAGCAAAUCUUAAACUACAAUUGUUUUUAAUGCUGUUUUUUUUGUUUGUUUGUUUGUUUUUUUUGGUGUGUGUAGGGCGGUAGGGUUUAUAUACAGUAUUACAGCUUUUUUACUUUGUUUACUCAUGACAUUUACAAAUGCUGCUGGACAUACUUUGCUGGAGAUGUCUCCUGGUCAUAUCACCUGUACCAGAUAUAUUCAUAUUUUAGAAAAGGUGCAAUUUCGUGAGACAGAACUGGAUCUGAUUUGGCGAAACCGCUCCACUUUCCCGCUGUGGAAUGUAUUCCGCUUGUUUGGUGGAACAGCCCGGUCUGCUCAUUUUAAGCAGUUCCCCACACUGUGAAACAUGGCGACGCCCUGCAGAUACAGCUGUAUUCUAGUAUUAGAUAAGUACUGGCAAAAUAUAAUCAAUGUAGCCUUGAUUUUUACAAUGCUCUGUACUGUGUAGUGAAGUUCGAUAUCUUUGACCCAUAAUAAUAUUGUAGCUUUAUGUAUGCUAUCUGUAGGAUAUGGAAGAGCCCCAAGGCCAUUCAAGAAAAAUUGAAAAUGACUUGAAACUGAAUUUUCAUCCUGAAACAAGAGAUUUUGUCUUUUUAAAACUCCCAAAAUUGAAGAAACUGAUUUUGUGAAAAGGUUAAAGCCUGUUGCUGUUCCACGUCAAACAAGCUGAAUGUGUCCAGGUCUGCGGGUACACAUAACAAAAGCACAAGUAUUCAGUAUUGAUAGAAGUGAAGCGGCUCUGCCCAUUUUAAUGUGUGUUUGUGUAUUUCUAGCAAAGGUUGAUAUUUCAAAGGCUACAAGUGCCUUGCAGACAUUUUCAGGAUUUCAAAAAGCGUUUCGGGUUACAUCGUCCACAAUCAACAGGUAAAUGUGCUUUACAGUACAGCUUCAAAUAUUUACCAAACAGAUUUUAUAGAAGUCUAGUGGGGGA